AUGUCUACAGCCUCGCCAUUAGAACCAAACACCUUUGAUUGGAUAGAGGCGAACACCCCACAGACUUCGACAAAUGAUUUUAAGACUGCACUCCUCCCAGAAAAUGAAGUCAAAAAUAGAUACUCUAAUGUAUUACCAAAUGAAACAACACGUGUUCUAGUUCGGAAGACAGAUUACAUCAACGCAAAUCAUGUGUUUGGCAAUCGAUAUAUAUCGUGUCAAGCUCCUUUAUCCAAUACAACAGAAGACUUCUACACAAUGGCGUGGGAACAAGAGUCUGGUGUAGUAGUGAUGUUAACCAAAUUUGAAGAGAAGGAGAAGUCGAAGGCGUCUUCAUACUUCCCCGACACACCGGGACAAAUGAAACGGUUUGGUAACUUCACGGUCACGUGUGGAGCCGUUUUGUUUGGUGAUCCACAAACAAUAGGGCGCAUGGAGAUGCAAGCCAGAGAAUUGAUAAUGGAAAACAAAACACUUGGGAAAGGGAAAAGGACUUUAAUACAUAUCCAUUACACAGGAUGGCCAGACUUUGGGGUCCCACCAAACAGUUUAAUCUUCCGUGAUAUGAUUUAUAUUGUUUUAUCAUGUUGUGGGCGAUAUAAAGGAAAGGCGUUAACUGGACCUCCAAUCAUUCAUUGCUCUGCUGGUCUUGGGCGGAGUGGGACAUUUCUUGGUACAUUAAGGUUUUACCAGCAGUAUUUCAACAGUCUUUUGAAGAAGCCUGUGCCGUUUGUGUUCAACCAAAAGACGACAAAGGCCGGUGAACUAGAAAAUCGGAUCAAUGCUAUAGAUAAGCCGGUCAGUGGAAUUGAGUUGCGAGAAUUACUUGCGAAUGUGGUAUUUUCGAUGAGGAGUGAAAGAAAAGGGAUGGUCCAAACUGCCGAGCAAUACGAGUUUUUGGUGGCGAAUGUUGGAGAAUUCUUUCAAACGGUCUGGGGGAAAAUGAAUGGGAAGAAAAGUGAGUUGAUCGAAGUCGUUAAGCCACUGAUGUCAGACACUACACAAGAAGCAAUCGACCCUUUCAUCAAGAAAAUCAAGAAGAAGAAGUGA